AUGGCGAUAGAGCGCGCCCGCGAGCGGCGGCGAUGGACGAGCUGAGCCCGAGAGAACGGGAGCUGCUGAAGAUCCGGCGGGACAGCGACACCAAGGCGGCGCAGCUGCACAAGAUGGAGAAGCUCAUGCGGCAGACCAAAGACCUGAUGGACAAGCGCGGCGAGCCCGACAAGGUCCAAGAGAACAUGGUGGAGGACCUGGAGGAGAAGGUGCGCUCCAGCCGGCGCCACCGACGGAAUUCCCUGCACCAAUCGCAGAUGCUGGAGAGUCAAAUGAAGACGGUGAAGGGCGAGCUGGAGGGAACGCUGGACCAUCUCCAGGAGUUGCGCAACGUCCUGCGCCGUUCGCAGCAGAAGGCCGAGGAGCGCAAGGCCGCCAUGGAGAAGCUGGCCGCCGGACUCAGGUGAAGGCCACCCGCCACCCGCCACCCGCCACCCGCGACCC